AUGGAGACGACAGGCAAGAAAGACGAAGAUGAUGAGCAAGAGGAAGAUGACCAGGAGCCGACGCCGGUUGUACCCCGCAAGGCUCUCAAAGACCGAUUGUGGACUCUCGUUACCGAGGGAAAAUUUAAUGAUUUGAAGAAGUUUUUCCACAUUUUCCGCAAGUUAGAUAUUCCUUUGGACGAAGAUAAUGACGACUUUGACGAUGAUGGCGGGAAUGUGUUGAUGCAAUGUGUGAAGGAGGGGUGUGAUCGUGGCCCUUCCUCCUUCGGGCGGGAUUAUAUCCGGUGCUGUCGUAUGCUCGUGGAGAAGGGGGCGUCGCUGGACGACCAGGAUAAAGCGGGUCGAACCCCCCUCCACUGGGCUGUGUUCAGUAAAAAUGUGAGUUUUGUUAAUGAAUUACUGGAAAGUGGGGCCGACCCGAGCAUCCGAGACCAAGAUGGAAUGGAUCCAUUUCACCUUAGUAUCAUCAUGGGCGCUAAGGAAAUAUUUAACGCCAUCGUCAGAGACAGAGAAGUGGAGUUCCUGGACCACAAAGAUGGGAAAGGUGUGCCCCCUGUGGUUGCAGCUGUGCAACAUCGGCAGAUAGAUUUUGCUCGUCGUCUGUUGGACUUGGGUGUUGAUAUCAACGCCACUGAUCGAAGGCUCAAACGCACUGCUUUACACUACGCCAUCUCGUCUAAACGUUUGGAUUUAUAUGAACUUUUACUCAAAUAUAAACCAGAGAUAGAUGUAGCAGACUAUCAAGGAAAGACCGUUUUUCAUCGUGUGUGUGGUAACAAAGAUCCCAGGUACUUUCAUAAACUGGUAGAGACUUACAACGGUAUCCCAGAGGACGUGAUGGAUCAGGCGGCAGACGAUGGCAUGACACCAGUCAUCAUCGCCUGUCAGAAUGGCAACCCAGAACAACUUAAAGAGCUCCUGGAUAAAGGGGCCUCAGCAAGUGAUGCAGACAAGACUGGGAAGUCAGCACUGCAUUACUGCGCUGACAACUUAGAAACGCAAUGCGCAGAGAUGAUUUUACACAAAGACAGUGAUCUCCUGAACUCUAAGGAUGAGCAGGGGUUCACACCCCUCCAUAUGGCUGUGAUAGGAGGCAAUGCCCCCCUCCUGCGACUCCUACUGAAGAAGGAUGCUGACAUUAACUGUCUAGACAAUGAACACCAUACUGUGGCACACUGGGCAACAGGGCAUCACAUGACAGGACGCAAAGUGUGUGGUCACCUGGAGGUCCUGGAGAUUUUACUGGAGAAUGGAGCAGACGUGUCAAGGGCAGACAGUCAUGAGGCAUUCCCUAUACACUAUGCUGCCCAGAUGAAUGGGAAAGAGAAUGGUCACACUGAUCCUAAGAUAGGUGAAAAAGUCCUUAGGAAACUCAUCGAAAAUGGAGUGCCAAUGGACGUCCUAGACAAAGAUGGUCGCCAACCUUUACUUUGGGCAGCAAGUGCUGGAAAUUCGGAGUCUUGUAAGUUAUUGGUGAAGGCUGGAGCAGAUGUCAAUGCUAUAGACAAAGAUGGACUCUCAGCUCUGCAUUGUGCAGCAUCACGAGGUCAUGUCAAGUGUAUAGAGACUCUAAAAAAUCUUGGAGCCGAUGUUGAUCUGGCAGACAAAAACAAUUGUACAGCACUGUUCUACGCUAUCACCCUUGGCAACAAGGACUGCACCAAGGCCCUCCUCAAAUUUGGUUCCAAUCCCAACCACCAGGACAACCGUGGAAGGACGCCUACCCACUGUGCUGCCAUUAAGGGCUGUGUGGAUACGGUCAAGAUGCUGGAUAAACAUAAUGCCCAUCUGUGGUCACCAAGCAUCCGUGAGGACUGCCCCAUCCACGAGGCUGCUCAGGGGGGAUUCUGUGAUGUAGUGAAGUAUCUUUUGAAGUGGAAGAAUGACCCUAAUGCUGUGAAUUUACCAAACAAGGGAGGUCGCACCUGUCUACAUAUAGCUGCCAUAGUCAACAACCUGCCUCUCUGUAAACUCCUAAUUGAUAAUGGUGCUGACAAAAAUGCCACAAUGAUCCACAAGGACAAGACAUACACACCUUACGAUGCAGCUGUAGUGAAGGGAAAUCAAGAGACAGCUGACUAUAUCAAGGGCAAAGGUGGGAACUCUUCCACGGAUUUCGACAAAUCUGGGAAACGGGAGUCGAAGUCCGCUAAAUCACGCCGUAGUGUGCUCACACUUGAGAGUACACCAGAAGAGAGAGAAAAGGAGGAACAAGCUGAGCACGACAAAAAGGGAGAUGUAAUUUUGACUCCAGUUACUUCCCCUUCCAAAGGAAAAAAAGGAGGAAAAGGUGAUAAAGACAAGGGCGGAAAAGACAAAGAAACAGAAAAGAAAGACAAAGAAACAGAAAAGAAGGAAAAAGGUGAACAGAAAUCAGAUGGAGAGGAAGAUGAGGAUGAAGAAGAUGCAAAAGAUCCGGGAGUGAAACCAUUAGUAGCUGCUGGUGUAGGUCUCAAAGCCAAAGACAAAAAGGGUAAAGAUAAAGAAACAGACAAAAAGAAGAAAACAAAAGGAAAAACCGAGGAAGAGAAGGAUUCAGAAAAAGACAGAAAAACAAGCCAACCAGAGGAGGAGGACGAGGAGAAGGAUAUUGUAGAUAAAACUGUACCACUGGGCAAGUCUGGUGUUGGUGCUAAAAGAAAAGGAAAAGAAGAAAAGGAGGAGGAAACUGAGGGAGAAGAGGAAGAAAAAGAAGGAAAGGGAGACCACAAAGAAGAAGAAGGGGAAAAGAGCAAAACAUCAUCUGAGCAGGACGACGAGGCUGCACGUAUUGCAGCAGCAGCAGCAGCUGCAACUGCUGUGAAGGUAAAACGAAGAGGAAGCAAAGAAACAAGCAAGAAAGACAGUCGUGGUGACAGUGGUGUAGAAGCAGAUUCAGAACAAGAGUCUUCAGAAGAGGACGGGACAAAGGAGGAAGGAAAGGACAACACUGAACAAUCCAAGGGGAAGCCUAUUCAAACAGCAGGAGGAAGAGUUCAUCGUAAGAAGAGAAGAACAGACACCGUUGAGGAAGAAGAGGAAGAAGAAGAGGGAGAAGAAGGAGUUGAAAAGAAAGACACUGCUGCAUUAGCUGCAGCAGCAUUGCUAGCAGAAGAAGAAAAGAAGAAAAGGUCAAAACAAGAAAAAAGCAAAGAAGACGAAAAGAAGAAAAAAGAAUCAGAAAGGUUGAAAGAAGAGGAGAGAAAGAAAAAAGAAUCAGAAAAAUUGAAAGAAGAGGAGAGAAAGAAAAAAGAAUCAGAAAGGUUGAAAGAAGAGGAGAAAAAGAAAAAAGAAUCAGAAAGGUUGAAAGAAGAGGAGAGAAAGAAAAAAGAAUCAGAAAGGUUGAAAGAAGAGGAGAGAAAGAAAAAAGCCGCUGAAAAACUGAAAGAAGAGGAAAGGAAGAAAAAGGAAGUUGCAAAUAAGAAAGGGUUGAGAGUUGCAACUCCUCAGCAAGGUGCUAAAACUGGAAUUGAGGCACAGGAUAAUUCACACGCUCCAGCAGCAGGUGCAGCUGGAGUAGGAUUAGCAGCAGCCCUAUCUGCAGGCAAGAAUAAGAAGGAGAUUGCAGAGGUUCAAAAAGAAGAAGUUGGAAUUCAAACAGAUCGGAGAGAAGAAAAGGAAAAACCAAAGACCACUGACACAGGAAUACAGACAAAGAAACAGCACACACGGCAAAGUGGGAGUCAGACUGAGUUAUCAGGUGACCAGGUGGUUAGUAGGGAAUCAUCUACAGAUCGACAACCUAAAUCUCGUGUCAGGACUGCUUCUAGAGACUUAGAGUCUGAAGGAGAAUUUGAAGUCCCAAAAGAUUCACCGGAAUCAGAAGCAGAAGCUCUUAGAGCGGCAGCUGCAAGGAGAAGUUUAUCACGAGCAGAGUCGGAGACAGGUCGUGAAGAGAAACCACAAAGCAGACAGCGUGUGUUACAGUCACCUUCUAAGGUUCCAACGGAUGGUAGAAUCAGUCAGGGAUUAUUGACGAGUUCCCGGAAAACCUCACGCCAAAGAACAUUUGAUAGAAGUGACUCACCAGACCUCUCCUCAGGUGAAGAUAUUGAUGAAAGAGAUUAUGUUGAUGCUCAACCAAAAUCUCGCAAACAACGUGCACAGAAUAGAUUACAAAAUAAAACACGCAGACUAAGAAAUCGCCAAGUGACCGGUGUUUAUGAUCCUGAUAGGCUGUCUAAACCUGUCAGUGUUCACAAACAAAUCAGAGACAAAAAGAGAUUAGCCCGUGAACGUGAUAGUCAGUUGAACGGAAGACUUGUAGAGAUGGAUCGUUCAGACGAAAUUAAUGACCUUGAACACUCUAUCUUACGUACCCGUCGUGGUGGAGGACGGUGCGUUAACUCAAUACAGGAGAGUGUGCGUCGAUAUCAGAGUGAGCGACGCAUGGUUAGACAGCUUCAUCAACUCAAGCGUGCCCAGAUCUACACAGGUCCCAUGCACGACGUAGUCCUUUUCAGCAAGCUGAUGGAUGUAUAUAGAAACAACGCUCCACAUGAUGCCGACAGCACGCUAGAUUCACAGGUUCUCGAGGAUUGGGAAGGUUACCUCCGAGAUAACUUUGAGGAUAGAGAGGAUCAACUCCAGUUUGUUUCACAUUUCUACGAAGAUGAUAGGACCGGACUACGAUCUGCAACCAACACAGUCAGGACACAACCAUCUAGAUCGGAGAAAUCGGCAAACUCUGCCAAACGUAGUCAUGUGGACAACAGAUAUGCUGAAUUAAGAUUUAAACAGGACUUUGAAAUGGCUGAACGAGAAUCAAUAGAAGACAGAAUGAAGGAGGCGGCAAAGAAAACAGACGAGUCGUUAAAGUCUGUACACAGCAAGACUUCAGACAGUCUCACUGAAGCUAAGAAAGUGAAUGACCAGCUCCAGAACGAUUUCCGCCGAGACGUUACGGAACGUCUCAAGUCUGGCAAUUCAACUAAGAAGGAACGCCAGUGGCUCCUCCAGGAGUCCCUGAGUGAUGAAGCCCAGUCCCAGGCUGAAAGUGCUGAGAAGGAAAGAAGGGAGAAAUAUAAGGAAUGGCAUAAAAAGAAGAACGAGGAGCUGAGGCGGAAACUUCUAAAGGUCUACGGACCUGAUCAGAACUACUCGGACAUUAAAAAUAGCAAAGCCCACUCUUUUAAGUCAUCUACGCCGCGGAUCGCAUAUACAUCAACACCACGACCCAAGUCCCAGAUAACGAUGACCAGUGGGGGUAUGUCUCAAGCCCAGUACGGUAUGGAUCGAGAGAUCACCGUCCAGAUGACAGAGUACGGCAUGCGGAGGGUAAAGAAAGAUCCAGAUUAUCCAUUCGGUAACAAGGUGAAGGCCAGAAAAGGGCUCAUGCAUAACGGCUUGUUGGAGCAAGAUCAUAGUGAAGCCAACUGGACACCGAAGUUUGAUGGUUCUCUAAGACCUCGGGCGGGACUUGUGUUCGUGGAACCAGAAGUAUACUGUGAGGCAUUAAAAGAGGAACAUAGAAUGAAGAAGGCUUAUUCUAUAGCGGCACGUAGUAGUGGAAAUGUAACAAUGGAUGAUGAACGUUUGUUGGGUCCAGUGUCUUCAUGACCAACGCCAUAGUUAGACAUAUUAUAAUUUAUUCAAACUGGAACUAUUAAGGAGAUCCAUUUGUAUGGACAAACUGAUAAAUUGGGGACUACAGGAAAAGUGAUUAUUUAUGUAAGCCAAAACAAGAAAGGAAGAGUGUGUACCUUUCGGAAACAUUCCAAUACGGACAGGAAAUAUAAUUUGACCUUGGACACUGACUCAUUGACCAUCCUUUACAUUAUGUACUAGGAAAUGUGAUAAGAUGUACACAAUAUGUACUCAUAUAUAUUGUCACAAUAUGAUCACUUUAUGAUUGUUUAUGUGAAUUUAA